CAAAUCGUGGUCCAUGCCUUUCUCAGAAUGGAGGAAAUUGGGCACAAACCCAACUGCCAGUUUGUGCAUCAGAACGUCAGUGAUGUGUCUGCGCAUGAACAAAACAUGAGGGACAGGAAACACCUCCUGGAGCAGCUGGAUGAAAUGACCAAAGCUGCAGCGAGGUUGGAAAAACAAAGCAGGGAGAUGAAAUUUUCUGACAUUAUGGACUAUGAUCCGGAGAAGCACAGUUGGUACAUCCCUGGGCUGUGGCACGGAGUCCCUCCCAUGGCGCCAGUGAAUAUGGGAUACAGCGAGAGCGUGUGUGAACUAAAGAAAUACCUGUUUGAAUUCAUGAGACACCGAUCACCUCGCAGAGCCCCCAAGGACAUUCCCCAGUUCAUCGAAUGGGUGAGAAGUCUCUGGAACGCCGUGAAACACGAGAACUUCAUCUUCAGUUUCAGAAACAGCCUGGUGGCUGAGGCCUACACCCAGCUGUCUGUGAAGUACGCGGAGUGGGAGUGGGAAUUCCGCAAGGAGAUGCAUCUCUGGAUGUCCAAAACAGAAACCACCAUCCAGAACCAAUCCCCAGACGAUCUGGGUCCAGGCACCUUUGAGAAACUAAGGCUGGAAGUUCACCAGAUGCUGCACAGUGGGGAGCAGAAGAUGCUGCAGAGACUUCAGAGUUACUUUGAGAGUGGAGCCGGGAGUCUGCACCUGGUAGAGAAAUACAGAGAAGACUUUCACCGAAGCGUGACAUUUCUCCGGCACGAACUGGAGAGCUAUCUGCUCUGCAAGUCUGAAGAG